CAGCCUUGCAGCGCUUGCAGCCCUACUUUUAUAGCUGGCCUCCGUUAACCCUACCCAUGGUUACGUUGCUCUGUGUAAAAAGUUCGCCUUAGUUGUGUCGCCGUUUGCAUUCAAAGUGCCCGAAGCUUUAGUAAAGAGGACGCUGUGAGAAGGCCUGCAAACAGCCGCGUUCUAUGAUCCUUGUGCCGAUACUGUUGUCGCCUCGUCCCCCAGGAAGCGAGGCCUCUGUGAAGCGAGGCUAGCGGGACCAGUAAAUCGGUCAGUUUACCUCCUGGCAGCCAGGACCGCUAGCUAGAAAGGAGAAGGUGUAACCCUUUCAGCAGCAGCUGCGGGAAAGGGCAACUAUGCAAGACUCGUCAGACUGCGAUGUCUUGCAGCUGUGCAAGCAGCUGCAGGAGAUACGUGCCCAGCUUGCCAAGGCCAGGGCCAAGGCGCAAGUCGACGGCACUGUCCAGGACAAAGCAGCUGCGAAAUUGGACGAAGUGUGCGAGUUAUUGCAGCUAGAAAACCAGGGGGACGGUUCUAGUAUUCCAAAAGGUGCAACUGAAAACAGUAAUGCGAAGACUGAGCACAAGGCCCUGGAUGCAGGUGCUGAUGGUCAUGAGGCCCUGGAUGCAGUUGCCGAUGAGGUAGCUUGCGGUCCGGCUGUGUGCGCGGCGAACGAAACGGUGGGGUACAUUGACGAGCCCAACCCGCUGCAGCUCAUCAUCGAUGCUGCGAACCUCGACUUAGCCUGCGAGACCGUCUCAACCACUGAAGACUUGGGCAGCGACACCACAGAUAGGAAGCCGCCCGCAGGAAUUGACAGAGUGAGUGACGGCGUAACGAUAAGCUCCCCGCACAACGAAGACCACUGCUACGCGGUAGACUCGGCCAGCAGCGGGAAAGUCCCACCGGCCAGGGAUCUCCCGAAAGCGUCCGUGAUCCUGAGUUCGGAAAAGAGGCCUGCUCCCGCCAGCACCGAGAGCCCGGAAUCGAAGAAGGUGAAGAUCGUUUCGUCCGGCACCUCUUCCGAAGCAACACCCAAGGGCCAAGUGAUUGUGGCUGGAUCCCGUGUGCCGUCGGGGACGGCGGGUCCCGUGAUUGUGCGCAGGUGCAUCCUGCAGCCCACCGGGAGCGCCAUGUCGCAGGGGCUUCAAAACUCGCCGCUGCCCGUUGCUAGCCACUCUAGACUCACCAUGCUGGUGAAAGCCAAGGAUGUGGGCAAGCCGCUCCGCAUGCCAGUCCACAUGUUCAACCAGCAGAGUGGUGGGCCCAUUUCAGAAGCAGCGGGGCCGCAGAAACUGACGAUCGUGCACAUGAAGGUCUUGCAGCAGUCACCACAAAGUCCUAAAGCAGAGCCUACAGACAAACUACAGAAAACACAGAGUAUGACCUCCAAGGCAUGCCAGACGACCAGAAUCUACAGGACGCAAGGCCGGAAAAAUGCCGAGGAAGUGGAGCAAGAGCCCUGCACUGCACUCGUGAAGACAUUCCCACAGCCGGAGAAGAAGGGGCGCAGGAGACGCAAGAAUGCUGUAACCACCCAGUGCGUCGUGUUCUGCUGCGAGGCAUGCGGCGACGCGUUCUCGGCGGCCAAGCACCUGCACCGGCACUGGCAGACAACGCAUCGGAAGAGGCCUCAGGGCAAACACACGUGCUCCUACUGCACCUACAGCAGCGACAGAAAGGCCCACGUCAAAAUGCACGAGCGGACCCACACCGGCGAGCGCCCGUUUCUCCUGCUACAUCUGCCAGAAGGGAUUCUACCGGGCCGACGACGUCGAGACGCACAUGCGCGUGCACACCAAGGAGAAGCCCUACGAGUGCGAAGAGUGCGGCCAGCGCUUCAACGUCUCGUCCAACCUGAACCGCCACAAGAAGCUCCACACUGACGAUGCUGAAAUGCACGCCUGUCCCGACUGCGGCAAGACGUUCAACCAGAAGGUGCACCUCAAGUCGCACAUGCGAACGCAUACGGGCGAGCGUCCCUACCAGUGCAGCCAGUGCAACCAGCGCUUCACCGAGCUCGGGAGCGUCAGGAAGCACGAGCGCAUGCUGCACGCGGGCGAGUACCCACACUACUGCCCACACUGCGGCAAGGGACUCGCCAACAACUUCAAGCUGAAGAAGCACCUCCGCGCCCGCCACUUCGAGUUCA